CCAGCUUAUUUCAAAUCUUGGGGUUUUUGGUUGUUUUGAAGCCCAUCCAUCUCUCGAGCUGGAAACCGAAUAGGCGUGAAGGCGGUGGCGGCAGCCGCCGGAGCACGGUGCGAACGACUCUGUAACUAGAAAAUUACUUAAAAUGGCAGACAAGGCUGUGACUAUCAGAACAAGGAAGUUCAUGACAAAUCGUCUUCUGUCCAGGAAGCAAUUUGUAAUUGACGUGCUGCAUCCGGGAAGAGCUAACGUUUCAAAGGCUGAGUUGAAGGAGAAAUUGGGUCGGAUGUAUGAGGUCAAAGAUCCUAAUUCCAUCUUCGUAUUCAAGUUCCGGACUCAUUUUGGUGGAGGCAAAUCAACUGGCUUUGGCUUGAUAUAUGAUUCAGUUGAGAGUGCUAAGAAAUUUGAGCCUAAAUACAGGCUGAUCAGGAACGGUCUUGCUACCAAGGUUGAGAAGUCGAGGAAGCAGAUGAAGGAGAGGAAGAACAGGGCUAAGAAAGUUCGUGGUGUCAAGAAGACCAAGGCCGGAGAUGCUGCCAAGGGCGGAAAGAAGAAAUAAUUAAAUCUCUUAGUGUAUAUAUAUAUAGAGAGAGAGAGAGAGAGAGAGUUAUCUUCGUUAGGAUUGACAUAUAUUGCCAUGCAAUAUUGUGGAUGGUAUAAUGAAAGAGGCUGAGUCCCCACUACUAUUAUUUGUAGUUUGUACCUUCCAUCCCAUAUAAACUAUAUAUUCAUUUAUGAGUGCACCA